AUGGGCACUGUUCAAGAAGCUAUUCACCAUGGCAUGAUUGCCGCCGAUUUUCUUUGGACCACUAAACGAGUUGUCCAGGCUAUCGAGCUGUGGAACGAGUGCUUAACACUACUAAACAAAAAAAUCUUAGAAAACGAACAUCAACUUGCCACAAUAGUGCGUAUAGUGCUGAACAAGAGGCUGUUUUAUGGAAAUGCUGCUAUUACGAAACUUUCACCAGCUAUAGAAUCUGGCAAAAAGCUUUUAGUCCUACUUCGUAAUCUUAGGAGAAAAAAAGAAGAAGGUAACACAGCCUUGAUGUUAUCAAAACUGUACUUCCAAAAAACUGAAUACCAGGAAGCACAAGCAGUCCUCAAAAUUGCACUCUGCGUUUACAAAGAAAUCGAAGACAAAGACGGAGAAGCAACAUGCUACGUAAACCUAGGAGCUGUGUUUCAAUCUGUCGGAGAAUAUGCCAAGGCUGAAGAAUAUCUUCAUAAAGCACUUACCAUCAACACAGAAAUUGGCGACAGAAACGGAGAAGCGACAUGCUACGGAAACCUAGGAGCUGUGUUUGAAUCUGUCGGAGAAUAUGCCAAGGCUGAAGAAUAUCUUCAUAAAGCACUUACCAUCAACACAGAAAUUGGCGACAGAAACGGAGAAGCGACAUGCUACGCAAACCUAGGAAAGGUGUUUGAAUCUGUCGGAGAAUAUGCCAAGGCUGAAGAAUAUCUUCAUAAAGCACUUACCAUCAACACAGAAAUUGGCGACAGAAACGGAGAAGCGACAUGCUACGUAAACCUAGGAACUGUGUUUCAAUCUGUCGGAGAAUAUGCCAAGGCUGAAGAAUAUCUUCAUAAAGCACUUACCAUCAACACAGCAAUUGGCGACAGAAACGGAGAAGCGGCAUGCUACGUAAACCUAGGAGCUGUGUUUAACUCUGUCGGAGAAUAUGCCAAGGCUGAAGAAUAUCUUCAUAAAGCACUUACCAUCAAGACAGAAAUUGGCGACAGAAACGGAGAAGCGACAUGCUACGCAAACCUAGGAAAUGUGUUUCAAUCUGUCGGAGAAUAUGCCAAGGCUGAAGAAUAUCUUCAUAAAGCACUUACCAUCAAGACAGAAAUUGGCGACAGAAACGGAGAAGCGGCAUGCUACGGAAACCUAGGAAAGGUGUUUCAAUCUGUCGGAGAAUAUGCCAAGGCUAAAGAAUAUCUUCAUAAAGCACUUACCAUCAACACAGAAAUUGGCGACAGAAAGGGAGAAGCGACAUGCUACGGAAUUCUAGGAGCUGUGUUUGAAUCUGUCGGAGAAUAUGCCAAGGCUGAAGAAUAUCUUCAUAAAGCACUUACCAUCAAGACAGAAAUUGGCGACAGAAACGGAGAAGCGACAUGCUACGCAAACCUAGGAAAUGUGUUUCAAUCUGUCGGAGAAUAUGCCAAGGCUGAAGAAUAUCUUCAUAAAGCACUUACCAUCAACACAGAAAUUGGCGACAGAAAUGGAGAAGCGACAUGCUAUGGAAACCUAGGAAAUGUGUUUCAAUCUGUCGGAGAAUAUGGCAAGGCUGAAGAAUAUCUUCAUAAAGCACUUACCAUCAACACAGAAAUUGGCGACAGAAGGGGAGAAGCGACAUGCUACGGAAACCUAGGAAAUGUGUUUCAAUCUGUCGGAGAAUAUGCCAAGGCUGAAGAAUAUCUUCAUAAAGCACUUACCAUCCAGACAGAAAUUGGCGACAGAAAGGGAGAAGCGACAUGCUACGGAAACCUAGGAAAUGUGUUUGAAUCUGUCGGAGAAUAUGGCAAGGCUGAAGAAUAUCUUCAUAAAGCACUUACCAUCAAGACAGAAAUUGGCGACAGAAAGGGAGAAGCGACAUGCUACGGAAUCCUAGGAAAUGUGUUUCAAUCUGUCGGAGAAUAUGGCAAGGCUGAAGAAUAUCUUCAUAAAGCUCUUACCAUCAGCACAGAAAUUGGCGACAGAAAGGGAGAAGCGACAAGCUACGGAAUCCUAUCAAAUGUGUUUGAAUCUGUCGGAGAAUAUGCCAAGGCUGAAGAAUAUCUUCAUAAAGCACUUACCAUCAACACAGAAAUUGGCGACAGAAAGGGACAAGCGACAUGCUACGGAAACCUAGGAAAUGUGUUUCAAUCUGUCGGAGAAUAUGCCAAGGCUGAAGAAUAUCUUCAUAAAGCACUUACCAUCAACGCAGAAAUUGGCGACAGAAACGGAGAAGCGACAUGCUACGGAAACCUAGGAAAUGUGUUUAAAUCUGUCGGAGAAUAUGCCAAGGCUGAAGAAUAUCUUCAUAAAGCACUUACCAUCGAGACAGAAAUUGGCGACAGAAACGGAGAAGCGACAUGCUACGGAAACCUAGGAAAUGUGUUUCAAUCUGUCGGAGAAUAUGCCAAGGCUGAAGAAUAUCUUCACAAAGCACUUACCAUCAAGACAGAAAUUGGCGACAGAAACGGAGAAGCGACAUCCUACGGAAACCUAGGAAAUGUGUUUCAAUCUGUCGGAGAAUAUGGCAAGGCUGAAGAAUAUCUUCAUAAAGCACUUACCAUCAACACAGAAAUUGGCGACAGAAACGGAGAAGCGACAUGCUACGGAAACCUAGGAAAUGUGUUUCAAUCUGUCGGAGAAUAUGCCAAGGCUGAAGAAUAUCUUCAUAAAGCACUUACCAUCAAGACAGAAAUUGGCGACAGAAAGGGACAAGCCACAUCCUACGGAAUCCUAGGAAAUGUGUUUAAAUCUGUCGGAGAAUAUGCCAAGGCUGAAGAAUAUCUUCAUAAAGCACUUACCAUCGAGACAGAAAUUGGCGACAGAAACGGAGAAGCGACAUGCUACGGAAACCUAGGAAAUGUGUUUCAAUCUGUCGGAGAAUAUGCCAAGGCUGAAGAAUAUCUUCAUAAAGCACUUACCAUCAAGACAGAAAUUGGCGACAGAAAGGGACAAGCCACAUCCUACGGAAUCCUAGGAAAUGUGUUUAAAUCUGUCGGAGAAUAUGCCAAGGCUGAAGAAUAUCUUCAUAAAGCACUUACCAUCGAGACAGAAAUUGGCGACAGAAACGGAGAAGCGACAUGCUACGGAAACCUAGGAAAUGUGUUUCAAUCUGUCGGAGAAUAUGGCAAGGCUGAAGAAUAUCUUCAUAAAGCACUUACCAUCAACACAGAAAUUGGCGACAGAAACGGAGAAGCGACAUCCUACGGAAACCUAGGAAAUGUGUUUCAAUCUGUCGGAGAAUAUGGCAAGGCUGAAGACUAUCUUCAUAAAGCACUUACCAUCAACACAGAAAUUGGCGACAGAAACGGAGAAGCGACAUGCUACGGAAACCUAGGAAAGGUGUUUGAAUCUGUCGGAGAAUAUGGCAAGGCUAAAGAAUAUCUUCAUAAAGCACUUACCAUCGAGACAGAAAUUGGCGACAGAAACGGAGAAGCGACAUCCUACGGAAACCUAGGAAAUGUGUUUCAAUCUGUCGGAGAAUAUGGCAAGGCUGAAGACUAUCUUCAUAAAGCACUUACCAUCAACACAGAAAUUGGCGACAGAAACGGAGAAGCGGCAUGCUACGGAAACCUAGGAAAGGUGUUCCAAUCUGUCGGAGAAUAUGCCAAGGCUGCAGAAUAUCUUCAUAAAGCACUUACCAUCAACACAGAAAUUGGCGACAGAAACGGAGAAGCGACAUGCUACGGAAACCUAGGAGCUCUGUUUGUACUUGUAGGAGAAUAUGGCAAGGCUGAAGAAAAUCUUCAUACAGCACUUACCACCAACACAGAAAUUGGCGACAAAGACGGAGAAGCGUCGUGCUACCUAAAGCAAGGAAACACUUCUCAAGCCUUAUCGAAUCUCUGGUCAAGCAUUCAAAUUUACGAAAAAAUGCUUACUUCUCUAGGAAGCAAAGAUAGCCACAAUAUAUCAUUUUUUGACAAGAAGGCGUCUCCCUAUCGGCUGUUUUGUUCCUUGAGUUGUUUUUGUGGGAAACCCUAUGAAGCUUUACACGCUGCUGAACUUGGACGGGCCAGAGCUCUAGCAGAACUUAUGUCAAAUCGCUACUCCAUUGCAAAAGAAAUAUCCAUCAACCCACAAUCGUUUGUUGGCAUCGCGGAAGUAAUUAAGAAAAAUGGCAACAGCACCUGCCUCUACAUCUCCUAUGACCACGAUGACAAUAUAUUUUUGUGGGUUUUGAAACAAAACAAACCGGUAGCUUUCCGAAGAACGAAACUUUGUGAAAGUUAUGUUAGCAAGCAUGGCAAAAUCUCUGUGUAUGACCUGUUUGGAAACGAAAGCUUAUUAAGAAAAUUUCACGUUUUACCUCAAGAGCAAUGCGAAGACCGAUCACUCUUCUCUUCAUUCGCCAACCAACUUACAAACGAAUCAAAUCUGGAAGAUAGUCUCUCAACCUUGCGUCCUCUUUUAGAUGAGGGAGAAGUAUACACGGACCCUGAACCGCCAACACUUUUUCAGGUUUACAACAUGUUGAUUACUCCCGUGAGUGACUUGCUAGAAGGAUCUGAAAUCAUUGUUGUUCCUGAUCGCUGCUUCUUCCAAGUUCCGUUUGCAGCAUUACACGAUGAAAGUAGCUGUUAUUUAUCAGAUUCUUUCAGGAUACGAAUUGUCCCUUCUUUGACGACUCUCAAGCUCAUUCUGGACAGUCCAGCCGACUCUCACAGCGAAACUGGUGCAUUGAUUGUGGGUGAGCCAAGAGUGACGGAUGUGUAUUUCAAUGGAGUGUUAAGGUAUCUCUGUCCAUUGCCUGGCGCGAAAGGGGAAGCAGAGAUGAUUGCGAGACUACUACCUGAAUCUCACCUUUUAAUAGGAGAGCAAGCAACAAAGCAGGCGGUUCUUCAGAGAAUACCCUCAGUGAGCCUCGUACAUUUCGCUGCUCAUGGUGAUGCCGAGAGAGGAGAAAUUGCUCUUACCCCCGCUGACUCCACAGUGGAGUUUCCACACGAAGCAGACUACUUACUGUCAAUGACCGACAUUUCACAAGUUAGACUGUCAGCCAAACUGGUGGUCCUUAGUUGUUGCCAUACCGCACGUGGACAGAUCAAAACAGAAGGCGUUGUUGGAAUCGCUCGAGCAUUCUUGGGAUCGGGUGCACGCUCAGUGUUGGUGGCAUUGUGGGCCUUACAAGACAGAGCAACAGAGGAGUUCAUGGGAAGAUUGUACGAAAACCUUGUCCAAGGGAAAAGUGCAAGCGAAAGUCUUCACCGGGCCAUGAAGUGGAUGCGAAAUAACGGUUUCUCAGAAGUGAGGCAGUGGGCACCUUUCAUGCUGAUUGGGGAUGACGUGUCAUUUCACUUUGGUGAAGAAAAGUGAAGGUAAUUGUUUUCUGACAAUUAGAGCCAUAGGAAGUCUGUCAGGUCUUUUUGUAUUACAGUUUUAUCAACUUGGGUGCAUUGGGUACUUUUAAGUACCAAAUAGAAAGCAGUAUUUACCCUUAAAAGCCACAUUAUUGACUACAUCUGAAGUUAGCUUUUACUAUGACUGCGGUAAAAUAUCAAUUAACCGCUUUUUAACAUUCGACCACACCUCUGUACUUAUCAGUCAACCCGUGCAUAAGUGGGACUUUGCAUUUGAAAAAAAAAAAAAACACUAAGCCCCGAAUCGCUACAACAACACAGAAUGAUUUAAUUCUUUUCUCUCUUUUCUGAUAUAUGAGGCACAAAUAAUUCAAUAUUCUUUUAUUUGCUACGGUUCAAUAUGAUCGUGAGGGUUUGCUGACAAACUUUUUUCUUUCUGAAUAUAAUAGGAAGAGAAUUCCAGUUAUGAAUCCGAACCAAACAGCCCAGGGAAGGUUUUUGUUUGAUAUAAAGAUAAUCGGAUCAAAAAUAUUAUGGCGGAGAUCUAGAUCUCAGAAUUGAUCGAAAACACUGCAGAGUACAAAUUAUGGACUGUGUGUGGAGUCUUGACCGUAACUAGAGGGCUUUUCGCUGACACUGACUGAAUUACAGAAGUACCCUGGUUCUAAACUUGGACCAAAGAGGGAAGACCGAGAUUCCAUAGGUCAUCAAGGCAAGAAGUUUCAAACCUAUUUUAGCUGUGCACCCUACAUUUCAUUUGUGAUGGCAAUCGAUUGGAAAGUUUUAGCGGUGAGAUAAACUCAAAUAAGUAAACCUCUUCCGCCACGAUAAAGCCGGAGGAUCCCUCUUCCAUGUAAAAUGAACCUAAAUGCCACUUAGCCCAGCUGGAGUCUUUUGUGUUGAGUAGAUGUGUUUUAUUAAUUUUUAUGUUUCUUAUACAUUACUGUUGCAGGUAUUACACUAACGACACACCAUGGAAUAACGAAACAGCCCUUCCGCAGAAUUCCAAUGAGGUAGUCCCUGGCGGAUAAUGUAAAGGAUCAAUCUCUGCAGCAUACGAACAUUGAUUAAAAGAAUUACUGUGAAAGAGAACUGACUUGCUUGGCCCAGCGGUUUAUCUUUGCCGGCUUAAUUAUUUUUCCCACUAAUCUUAUUUUGUGUGUGUGUAGGUACCUUGAGUACUCUAAUCUCUAAAAUGUCUUGAAAAGCUCAAAUCACCAGCUUUGUACAUGUAGAAGUGUAGAUCGGUAGCUCGGACAAUGAUAAAACCGUAAUUGUGACACGAAUAACGUUAGGAUUAGCUAAUUUCCCUGUCUUUUUA